AUCAUGACUCUACACCACUGGAUUGUGCCAGUUUGGACUUCCUGACACCUCAACGUCAUAGCGCCGCGUUGCAUUGUGGUCAAUGUAUACUGGCUCGUGGAUGUUGUCACUUAUCUUAGAGAGCGAACAUGGACUACAUGUUUUAAGGAGCAGUAACUCUCUUUAAUAUUAUUAUAUGUUAUUACAGCCACAAUGUCAGUGCUUGUAGUUCGAUGUGUCGCCGUAUUGUCGACAUAAAGACCGAACAGAACUACAACUCCCUCAAUGCAACACGGUGACGUCACGCGUUUCGCAAGCGUUGGUGGCUAAAGAAAACAGCCGCUUCCGUGUUGUUCUUGUUUGCUAGCAACGUCUGACAGCUUCCACGACUGGCAUGCCUUUGUGAAGCUGACACUUCCACAACUUUCCAGUUCCGAAAUGUCGCUGCCGCAGAGCUCCAAGAAGAAAGACAAACGUAUUUUGUCCGCCACCUGUCCGGACCCCAAGUGUCGGGCUAGCCUCUUCUUCCCCGCUCACGGCUCAGUUAGCAUCGAGUGCACCGAGUGUGGUCAGAGGCACGAACAGAAGAAUCUCCUUAAUGUCCAGGAGGUGACCGAUCCAGAUGUGGUGCUCCACAACCUGCUCAGAAACGCCCUGUUGGGCGUCACGGGCGCUCCGAAGAAAGGCACCGAGCUGGUGAAGGUGAUGGGGCUGUCCAACUACCACUGCAAGCUACUGUCUCCGGUUCUAACACGCUACGGCAUGGAUAAACAAACCGGCAGAGCCAAGCUGCUGAAGGACAUGAACCAAGGGGAGAUGUUUGACUGCUCCCUGCUGGGGGACCGGGCCUUUCUGAUCGAACCAGACAAGGUGUCCACAAUGGGCUAUGGCAAAGACCGCUCAGGUAGCCUCAUUUACCUCCAUGACACCCUGGAAGAGGUCAAGAGAGCCAACGGCAACAGGGAAUGUCUCAUUCCCGUCCAUGUCGAUGGAGACGGCCACUGCCUGGUCCACGCCGUGUCCAGGGCGCUGGUGGGUCGAGAGCUGUUCUGGCACGCCUUGCGUGAGAACCUGAAGCAGAAUUUCAAGCAAAACCUGGACCGCUACAAGGCCCUGUUUCAGGAUUUCAUUGACGCUGCCGAGUGGGAGGACAUCAUCAAUGAGUGCGACCCUCUGUUCAUCCCGCCUGAAGGCGUCCCCCUGGGACUUCGCAACAUCCAUAUUUUUGGACUGGCCAAUGUCCUACACAGGCCCAUCAUCUUGCUGGAUUCUCUGAGUGGUAUGAGGAGCUCUGGAGAUUAUUCAGCCACCUUCCUGCCCGGCCUUGUUGUAGAGGAGCAGUGCAGGGCCAAAGACGGGAAGCUCAACAAACCCAUCUGCAUCGCCUGGAGCAGCUCUGGCCGGAAUCACUACAUCCCGCUGGUGGGAAUCAAAAACACAGUGCUUCCCAGGCUGCCGGCUCAUCUGCUUCCCAAGGCCUGGGGCAUCCCCCAGCAGCUCAUCAGGAAGUACAUCAAGCUGGAGGCGGACGGGAGCUGCGUGAUCGGCGGCGACCGCAGCCUGCAAGACAAAUAUGUGAUGCGUUUGGUGGGUGCCAUGGAAGAGGUGUUCAUGGAGAAGCACAGCAUCCACCCAGCACUGGUGGCCGACAUGCACCAGUGGGUCUACCGGCGCACUGGCGUCAUCGGCAUUCAGCCUGAGGAGGUGACUGAGGCGGCCAGGAAGUCGGUGGUGGAGAACCGCUUGCACCGCUGCCUGAUCUGUGGUGCCCUCGCCGAGCUGCACGUGCCGGCCGACUGGCUGGGGCCCGGCGGGAAGCUCUACAAUUUGGCCAAGUCCACGCAUGGCCAGCUGCGACCCGACAAGAACUACAGCUUUCCGCUCAACAACAUUGUGUGCUCUUACGACCCCCAAAGCGACGCCCUCAUCCCUGACUACAAACUGAGUUCCCUUAACACCUGCAAUUGGUGCCACGGAACGUCGGUCCGCCACGUCAGCGGGGAUGGCCUUGUUGUCUACCUGGACGGUGACAGAACCAACACCCGCUCCCAAGGUGGCAAAUGCGGCUGCGGCUUUAAGCACUUCUGGGAAGGGAAGGAGUACGAUAACCUCCCAGAAGCCUUCCCCAUCACGCUGGAGUGGGGAGGUCGGGUAGUCCGGGAGACUGUGCACUGGUUCCAGUACGAGAAUGACCCCACGUUGAACAGCAAUGUGUAUGACGUGGCCAUGAAGCUGGUCACCAAGCACUUCCCGGGCGAGUUUGGCAGCGAGAUCCUGGUGCAGAAAGUGGUCAACACUAUCCUGCAUCACACCGCCAAGAAGAACCCGGAUGAGUACAACCCGGUGGCCAUCAACGGUGCCCACGUCCAGCGACUAACUGACACCGCAGAAAGCCAGUCAGCGCCGGACCUGCCCACCAAGAUCAUCCUGACGGGUCAGAAGGCCAAGACGCUCCACAAAGAGGAGCUGACCAUGAGCCGGGCUGAGCGCAACCUUCAGCAGAGCAUCAGCGAGCAGGCCUCGGUCACACAACGCCGCAGGACAGAGCGGAUCAAGCAGGAUCAGAAGGACCGCGGCCGGCCCACGUCUCCCGGCGGAUCUCCAGAAACCGCCGCCUCGUCCUCGGCGCCGACCACGCCAGCUAAGUCGUCCGCCGCCCCUGCCUCGUCCUCCAGUGAGAAGAAGAUCCGCGUGAGCACCAGCGACGGCAGAAUGGCCACGUUGACCCUGCAAGCCCGCACAUCUUUCUCAGAACUCCGGGGCAGCAUCGCCGAGCACUUUGGCGUGCCGCCCACCCGGCAGUGCAUCCGCUACGGCUUCCCUCCCAAAGAGCUGCUGCCGCCCGGCACCAGCGAAGAGAACGAACCAGUCGCGCUGCAGCACGGCGACCGAGUGACGCUGGAGAUAUUGAGGGGCCCUGGCGACAAGAAACCCCCGCCACCCGGCCCCGGGGCAUCUGCCUCGCACAUGGCAAAGAGCCAGGACACCGUGGCGAAGACGAGCGGCCGCGAUCUUCAGGACAGCAUCGACCUUGAGAUGUCAUCGCUCUGUCUCCUAGCGACCUUGAUGGGUGAGGACGUAUGGUCGUACGCUAAGAAGCUGCCUCACUUGUUCCAGAAGGGCGGCGUCUUCUACAACAUCGUCAAGAAGGACAUGGGAUUGAUGGACGGGAAGCACUGCACGCUGCCUCAUCUGACGGGCCGGACCUUUGUGUACAACGCGACAGAAGAGCGCGUGGAGCUGUGCGUGGACAGCGCUGGUCACUUUGCGGUGGCCGCCGACGUGGAGGAGCGCGUGAAGGAGGCGCAGAUGCAGCUGCGUUCGGAGGUGACCUCCAGGGGCAGCAGAGAGGGAAGCCCGUCGCAUGGUGUGCUGCGGUUGGGCAGCGGUGGCGUGGUGCGUAAGAAGGAGCCACUGCAUGCCGUCACUGCGUUCCAGGGCAAAGGUCACUCGCUUGGCAGCAGAGGCUCCUCCCCUCCUGAGCACCGGCCAAUCACUCGCCAGCACAGCAGCGGCGUGGAUCUCAGUGCCAGUGUGUCUCGCGGCCCGCCCAACUUAUCGGACAUCCCCGAGGAUGCCACCAGGGAGCUGGUGCGCAUGGCACCAGGCUUUGUGACGAUGAAAGACGGCCGCAGCCUGGACCCUGCCCUCAUGGAGCAGCAGCGCAGGAAGCUGCAGGAGAUGGUCUCCUCCAUCCAGGCGUCCAUGGAACGUCACCUGCGCCAGCAGCAGAGGGGCGGGGCCAGCCUCCAGCGGACGGUUGGCGACAGGGAGGAGGAGGAAGCUGCAACCGCUCCGGUGUCGUGCAAACCGGAAGAGGAGCAGAUGGAGAGCCAGGAUGGACAUGAGGGUGAACCUAUGGACCACUCCUGAUCUCCUCAUCACUCCACGCCUCCUCCACGCCUCGCUGCCACCCGCAGGUGAAAAGGCAGCAGGUCAGCUCACCUUUGGUCCUCUGCCUUUCCUUGAUUUAUAUGCAUGUCCCCACCAUCACGACACAUGGCCCACUGGGGGCGCAGCCUGUGACCUCUAUGUGACGGUCGUUGAUGCUCGCCAAAGUACUGACACUGACAUCGCACUGUGUGUGUGCGUGUGUGUGUGUGUGUGUGUGUGUGUGUGUGUGCGCGCGCGUGUGUGUGCGUGAGCGUGCGCGGUGGCUGGCCUCUCAGCUGUCAAAAAGUUCAGUUCAGCACUUGAUUCCUGCUUUUUAAAGAGAUAUUUGCCUUUUUUGCAAAGGAAGCAUCACCUCCAUUUUGAUGAAGGUUUAACAAAUGCAGUUUUGUUAUCUGUAGUAGAGCGGGGAAACUGCGCCAAAUGCAGGCCAGGAGAUGUAGCAUUAGCUUUAUGAAGCGUGCCGAGUGGUGGACUACAUGGUCAAAUGUAAUCUUGCCAUCAUUAUCCGCACACACCCUUCUUUUAUGAGCUCAGCUUGUUCACUCUGUUGCCUGCAGCCUAUUUUCAUUUGCUUUCUAUAUGUUGACAUGGAGACGAUGAGCGGCAAGACAGCGGCACAUUAGAUUUAAUGAAUUAAUCAGUCAUGAAAAAGACUGAUUUAAGCCUGUGUCACCAAGUUUUCUGUUUGAGCUGUUUAAAAGAAAAGCUGGGGAAGAACUUAUUAAAGACAUGUUAAAGACAAGUCAAGGACUAGUUAAAGACGUGUUAAAGAUUUUUUUGUGGGUAAGUCUUGACAAAGACACAGCUAGCUGGUUUAAACUAUAUUAAACGUUCAAUUCCUAUGCAAAUCUAUGCAUGUAGUAUCAUAUAACCACCGCCAGGGAGUGCUGACAAGCUGAACCGAAGUGAACGUCAGCAGCAACAUUGAUUUGAAAAUGGAAAAGUUGAAAUCAACAAUCUGUGGAAUUCAUAUAUUUUGUUUUGUUGCUUCCAUGAAACAGAACAGCUUCAGGACAAUACAAUCCUAUUAUUUAAACAAAUAAUUUGCUGUUUUACGUUCUAAGGCUUUCUCUUUUUUGAUGAGUCAACAAAUCAUUUGUACACAAACAUUGUUCACUGCAGCUUUAACCUGCUUUUGCUGCUUGUGCGUGCGGUGAAUUUACAAUAAAACGACUAAAAUCUACUUAUUUUGGUCACCGUUAA